GCCGUGGUUUGUCAAAUUUUAAGAAACGUUACAAACUUAAAGGAGAGCUUGGUCGUGGUGGUUUCGGCGUAGUCUAUUGUGGAAUUCGAUUUUGUGAUGAAUUGCCGGUUGCUAUUAAAUUCAUCGAUCGAAAUCAAGUUCGUAAUUGGGGAAAGUUAGAAGAUGAACGAUUACCAAUGGAAAUAUGCAUGUUAGCACGAUGUGUUAAUGUACCGGGAGUGAUCAAAUUAUUGGAUUGGUACAGUAUGCCGGAAGGUUUUUUGAUUGUAAUGACACGUCCAUAUCCAUGUGUUGACCUCUUUGAUUUUAUCAAAAGUUACAAGAAAUUGGAUGAAGAUCUUACACGAUUUUUAUUUCGACAAAUAGCUCUGACUAUUCGUGAUUGUAUCCAGCAAAAAGUAUUACAUCGUGAUCUCAAGGACGAAAAUAUAGUGAUUGAUUUAGUAAACGGCAAAACAUUUUUGGUUGAUUUUGGUGCUGCAACUUUGUUGAAGAAAAAUCACUACACCGAUUUUCAGGGAACUCGCUUAUAUUGUCCACCGGAAUGGUUUUUGCACUCGAUAUAUUUGGGUAGCGAAGCAGCGGUCUGGUCAUUAGGUGUCCUUCUCUAUAAUAUGCUCAACGGAAGAUUACCAUUUCGUAAUGAAAAAGAGAUUUGCACAUCACAUCUAUUAGGACCAUUACCAUUCUAUGCACAAGUUAGCAAAAAUGCUAUGGAUUUAAUUAAUCAAUGUUUACGCUUUGAACCAAAUAAGCGAUGUAGUUUGGAUGCAAUUCUGAAGCAUUCAUGGACACGAGCUCCGUGUGCUGAUUGGCGUACACUGAUCGAUCGGGUAUAUCAACAGAAUUUAUCUGAUAAUCAACAAUAUGAUGCUGUCUGCACGGAUCACGUAUCGAAGGAGCGGAUAGAAUCAAGCUACGCUGAAUCGGGUGUCGGUAGCACGUCUAGUUUCAGCCCGUCCACUUCAUCAUCAUUCACCACUCGUUAUCGUCGAGGUGAGCCGGGAGCAUGUGAUGCGGUUGCCGGACCAUCAUCACGCAAUUAUGGUUAUCAACGUCGGGAUAGAACUGAAGGCUGUUGUCAAUCAAAAACUUCAGCAGUCGAUGAUUCUCCUUCACCGGUGAACAUUCGAGACUUCAUGGAAAUGGUUUAUCUGCAGCAAAAUAAUCCAUCCACUGGUCGAAUGAAUAAAGCACAUUCUAUUAAUCAUUUGUCCGUUUUUGCUCCUCGGUUUGCUUUUUCACGUGUUCAAAAUCCAGAAGAUAACAACUGGGUACGAUCUGGUGCUUUAGGUCAGUUAACUAGGAAGAAACGUUCCAUUGAUUCUGGAAAUCAGUCGGCUCUUUUCUCACCGACACCAAUACUACCGAAACCAUCCGGCCAUGCGAGCUUUAAUGGGGGAACAGGUGGAGUACUGGUAUUUUAA